CCGAAGAGAAAAAGAAAGCUACUUUGGAGGCAUCCACAAGGAAGGAAACUUGGCAGUCAGGGCUAAUGGUUAUCACACCGCGUGAUGAUGAGAUGGACAUGGAGAAGCUAAAGGAUGAUAUAAGAUCUAUUCAGAUGGAAGGAUUGAUUUGGUGACCAUGUAAGUUUGUUUCAUCUCUAGCACCCUCAAAAUGUUUCUAAAUUUCGGGAAGGUAGUAUACAAAUAGUAAAACUCUGAAAUCUCUCAGCGAAACUUUUCUCCGUUGGUUAUGGAGUCAAGUUGUUGCGUAUCAUAUUCAUCAUGUAUGAUGAUGACCUUUUCUGUUUCGACACCCUUGUCGAGACGCAUAUAUAUAACUGUGGGCGUGUCAGGAGCGUUGAAUGUUCCAACUUCGAGCGUUGUCCGGCUAAUGAUGAUGGUGACCUACUAGACGAGGAGACCGAGGAGGAAAUGAAAGCCGCCGGGAUAUCAGGGCUAGUUCUUCCCCGGUAUCGAGAUUAUAAGAACACCGACAUUAAGAAGGAAGAAGAACGUAUAAGAUCCAUCCAGAAGGAAGGAGUGUCUUGGGGAGCAACAAAGCUUUUCAACCUUGGCUAUGGAUUUGUAUAUUUGCGGACCAUGUUCACCAUUAUUGACGACCGUGUGUCUCUUGACACCAUUCGCCGAAAAGGGUUGGGUGUUAUUCCCUUGAACAGAAUAUAGGCUUGGAAAAAUAUACUCCCAAGGGGUGCGGCUUUGCUUCUGUAAUGUGUUGCUUUUUGAUAUUUUAUCAUUGCUUUGUUUCCCUCAUCCUUAUGAGUUAUGAAUAAAUACAGAUUUCCUUCUACAAAAAUCUCAAAUAUUGGAUAGAGCAAAGUAAAGAGAAAGAGAUAACAACAAAACUUAACGAAGAUGUUUUGUACCUCUAAA